AUGGGACGGCCGCGGCGGCUCCCGCCCCGACCGGGGGAGGGCAGGGGGGUGAGGCGGGCGGCUGCCGGGCUACUCAGACUCGGGCGGCGGGGCUGCCGCUGCUGCCGACGCUGCCCGUCCUCAGCGCGCCCGCCCCUCUCGGGCCGCACUCAGCUGGGUCGCAUCGUCCCCCGGCCGCCGGGCGGACUUGAGGGGAAGUUGCCGCCGCUCCCAGCGCCCGGGCGGAGCUGGAGGCGGAGGCAGGCGGGGACAGCGCCGAGCGCGGCCCGGCGGGCGCAGGGGCGGGCUCGGCCGCCCCCCCGCCGUUCGCCGCACGGGGCAGGCGCGGCCCGGGGCGCCUGCGCACGGAGCGCCCCCGCCGCGCUCGCUCGCGGGCGGCGGGGCUGGCAGUGGCGCUGGGGCCAGGAAGGAAGUCGGGAGGGAAGCCGGGAAGGAAGCCCUGGGCGGGUGGGCGCCACGCAAGCCUGGGGGCCGGUCCCUGAGCCCGCGGAGCUGUUCCCGCUGGCGGCCCCCGUCUGCAUGAGGAGCAGGGGCCGCCGGCCGGGGCUGCCCACCCGCGCGGUUUCCGCACUGUCUGGGCAGCGCUGUCCGGGUGCCGGGCGCGUAACGAUCGAGGGUGUUGAAUGGGAAGGCUGCGCGGCUCCUUUCGGCGCUGCUGCCCUGGCUGUCGCUGCCGGGGCUCCGAGCGAGCCUGCCCGCCCCGUCCCUGCGCGCUGCACGGGAGCUGGAGCCGGCGCUGCUCCCUCAGAGCGCGGCGAGAGCGCUGGAACGGGCUGCCCAGGGACAUCUGGCUGCUCCCUGGAGACACAACACCCACCUGGACGUGUUCCUGUGUAACCUGCUCUAGCUAACCCUGUCUUAGCGGGGGCGCUGAAUGAUCUCCAGAGGUCCCUUCCAGCCCUUACGAUUCUGGGAUCCUGUUCCAAAAAUAAAGGGAAAUUGCCAGCUGUUUUUCAGAGUGGGACAGGUUUCUUACCAUGUAGGAGCAGAGUUUGGAGCUUGUUCCUGUGCUUGAAGUAGAGCAUUGUGUUUUGCUAAUUCCACCUUUAAGCAGUCUUUUUGGGGAUUUUUCCCCGGGAUGCAGAGCCUGGUGGAUCCUGUCAGCAGGGAGAGGUUCCUGUCUCCAUGAGGACCCAGGCAAGCUUUGCUGCCAGUGUGCAUGGAAGGGCCUUCCAGAUGCAAUGCAUUUUUGGGGAAAAGUAUAUGUCAUAAUAUCAUAAUAUUAUAAUUUGUACUUCUUGUAUGUUGGCACGAAUACGGAUAAAACAAAAUUUUCAUUCUGACUUAACUGUCUUCUGCAGAGAUUCUCAUAAUGAGGCCAGCCAGCACCCAGAGAAUUUUGGUAAUUAACUGGAUCAGUUACCAGCCCACACCUUGUGAGCAGUACUAGUCAUAGCCAUGUGAAUUUAAAAAUUAGAAGAGGGAGC